AUGACUGGUCGGGCACGGGCAAGGUCACGAGGCAGAGCACGUGGUCAAGAGACCACUGCUCCUGGAGCGGCUCGAGAGUCGGCACCGGCAGCUCCACCACCAGCAGAGGGAGAGCUGGUUGGUAGAGGGAGGCAGAAAGGGGCUCCAGGACCUUUUUCUGCAGAAGCUGUUCUACAGAUAUCAGCUGGAUUCCAGCAGGUGAAACUGGGAGAACGAGGUGGACGUCGUCGGGAUUUUCAUGAUGCAGGCAUUAACACCAGGCAGGCCAUGGAGCAUGUCAAAGAAUCAAAGUCUGGAACUUCUGGUUCUGCCAUUCAGCUGUCGGCCAACUUCUUUCGCAUCCUGUCGCGCCCUCAGUGGGUUCUGUAUCAGUACCAUGUGGACUUUAACCCCCCGAUGGAGUCUCGCCGCCUCAGAUCUGCCCUCCUCUUCCAUCACGAGGAAGCCCUCGGCUCAGCGCGGAGCUUUGAUGGAGCUCUGCUAUUUCUGCCUCACAGACUGCACAGCAAGGUAACUUUGCUACACAGCGAGACAAGGAACGGAGAGAAGGUUCAGAUCACCGUCACCCUGACAAAUGAACUGCCACCUACAUCACCAGUGUGCAUUCAGUUUUACAACAUCAUAUUCAGACGGAUCCUGCGAAUUCUCAACAUGCAGCAGAUUGGACGCAACUACUACAGCCCCAAUGAUCCUCUCAACAUCCCACAGCACAGGCUGACCAUCUGGCCAGGUUACACCACCACCAUCUUGCAGUACGAGUCGUCUAUCAUGCUGUGUACGGAUGUGAGCCACAAGGUGCUGCGCAGUGAGACGGUCCUCGACUUCAUGGCCAAUCUGAGGCAUCAGUGUGGGAAUCAACGCUUUCCAGAGAUCUGCGCCAAGGAGCUUAUUGGACUCAUAGUCCUCACUAAGUACAACAACAAAACCUACAGGAUUGAUGACAUUGCAUGGGAUCACACUCCCAACAACACGUUCAAGAGGGGAGACACUGACAUUUCCUUCAAGAACUACUACAAGACUCAAUAUGGUCUGGACAUCACUGAUGGGAACCAGGUGCUUCUCAUCAGCCACGUGAAGAAGCUCGGUCCAGCUGGAGGUCCUCCGCCCGGCCCGGCCAUGCUCAUCCCAGAGCUGUGCUACCUCACAGGCUUGACUGACAAGAUGCGAGCAGACUUCAACAUCAUGAAGGACUUGAGCACCCACACCAGACUGACACCAGAGCAGAGGGAGGGACGCCUCAACAGAUUUGUCUCUAACAUACGAAAGAACACUGAUGCGCAGGCAGAGUUGGACAAGUGGGGACUCAACUUUGAUAAGCAGCUCCUAAGUCUGACUGGCAGAGUCCUCCCAGGGGAGAGGAUUUUCCAGGGAUCAAGAUCGUAUCAGUACGACUUCCGGACAGCGGACUGGGCCAAAGAGAUGCGUGGGAUACCUAUUAUCAACUCCCCUCCGCUGAAUAACUGGCUCGUGUUUCACACCCGGCGUAACGGCAACGAAGCUCAGUCUCUGGUGCAGACCCUCAACAAAGUCUCAGGUCCACUCGGCAUCCGCGUCCAAAGACCUGUGAUGAUUGAGUACGAGGAUCACCAAGAGUCUCUCCUCAGAGCCCUGCAGCACAACGUUGGACCUCAAGUACAGAUAGUGGUGGUGGUCCUCCCCAGCAACAGGAAGGAUAAGUACGACAGCGUCAAGAAGUACCUUUGUGUGGACUGUCCCACUCCCAGCCAGUGUGUGGUGUCCCGCACCCUCAGCCGACCUCAGGCGCUUAUGACCGUUGCUACCAAGAUUGCUCUGCAGAUGGCCUGCAAGAUGGGAGGAGAAUUGUGGAGCGUGGAAAUCCCUCUCAAACAGCUGAUGAUCGUGGGCAUUGAUUGCUACCAUGACACCGCUGCUGGGAAAAGGUCCAUCGGGGCUCUAGUGGCCAGCCUCAACCAGAACAUGAGCAGGUGGUAUUCAAAGUGUGUGCUUCAGCACAAAGGUCAGGAGAUCAUGGAUGGACUGAAGAUGGCCUUGAGUGGUGCACUCAAAGACUACCUGAAGUUCAACAACUGCCUUCCUUCACGCAUCAUCGUGUACCGAGAUGGAGUGGGAGACGGCCAGCUGCACAGCGUGGUCAACUAUGAGGUUUCUCAGAUUAUGGACUCCAUCAAGUCCAUGGGCCAUGACUACUUGCCUAAGCUGAGUGUGGUGGUGGUGAAGAAGCGCAUCAGCAGCAGGUUCUUCGCCCACAUCAAUGGCAAGGUGACCAACCCUCCCCCAGGAACCAUCGUUGACUCAGAGGUCACCCGUCCAGAGUGGUAUGACUUCUACAUAGUGAGCCAGGCUGUCCGAAGUGGAAGCGUCUCCCCGACCCACUACAAUGUUGUGUACGACACCAGUGGACUGAAGCCCGAUCACAUGCAGCGGCUCACCUACAAACUGUGCCACAUGUACUACAACUGGCAGGGUAUCAUCAGAGUGCCUGCUCCCUGCCAGUAUGCCCACAAAUUGGCCUUCCUUGUGGGUCAAAGCAUCCACAGGGAGCACAGUGUGCAACUGGAUGACUUCCUGUUCUACCUGUGA